AUGGAAUAGUUUUUUAAUAAAUCAGAUUUUCCAAAAGUAAAAGAAGAAUUAAAUAGGUUAUUUCGUAAAAAUACAUUUAAUAUGCAAAAAAAAAGAUUUCUUGUUGAUGAAUAUUCCAAACAAUAUCCUUAGUUAAAUAAAAUAUAAAAUAUAAAGCGUGAAUUUCCAGAUAAAUUAGUUAAUAAAGAGUAAAGUUUAAAAGUUCCUAAGUAUUUUUUUUUUUUUUUAAAUAAAAUAUUUAAAAUAAUAUGUGAGAUAUUAAAUAAAUAAAGAUAGAUCAGAUAUUGAAAUUAGGCCUAUGUUUAUUAAAAAUACUCAUUGUGGAUUAUAUAAUGCUAGAUCUCCACUAAUUGCAUUAAUAUAUCCUUCAACUAAAGAAAAGCUAUAUUUAUUUGAAUAAGAAAGAAAAAAAAAUAUGGAUAAAUUAGAAAAGGAGAUUGUUAUUAAAAUUAACAUGAUAUUUCUUAUAUAAAUAAAUAUGAUAAAUAA